CCACCAGCACAGUGGAGUUGUGGACAGGAGCAGAGAGUCGCAGUCGGUGUGGCAGCUGGGAAUGUGACGGGCUCCACACGGACCGCUAUUUUCGGGACCCCGGGAACAGUAGCAGCGGCUGGGAGGAGGAGGACGAGGCUCUGCCCACCGCGCUGCUGGCGUCAGUCUGAAGUCGGAACGGGCGACCUGCGUUUUACCGCCGGGAGGUGUUUCGCCGUUCCCGGACCGCAUCCGAUGGUCAGCGGACAGCCGCCGGUGGCUCGCCGCGGGGCUGCGAGCUAGAGGGAACCAGCCGGAGCGCACCUCCCGCCCGGUGGGUCCGGUGAAGAGUGCAGCGGGGUGUCACUCGUCGAAUCGGUGUCAUCUCCGUGUUCACCCCCCGACGCGAAGCGCCCGGUUAAGCGUGCCAGUGUGUGUCACCUUCACCCAACAACUCACGACGAUGCACUGAGACCUGCGGCGGGGGCGCGAGCGACACACAACCUGCCGCGGUUUCCUGCGCGUGGACAAGUAAAUGCUCGAGGAUAUAAUGACCCUGCUGUCCCUGCUAGGUCGGAUCAUGCGCUAUUUUCUGCUCAGACCGGAGACCCUGUUCCUGCUGUGCAUCAGCCUGGCGCUGUGGAGUUACUUCUUCCACACGGACGAAGUGAAGACCAUCGUCAAGUCGAGCCGCGACGCGGUCAAGAUGGUGAAGGGGAAAGUGGCGGAGAUGAUGCAGAACGAGCGCUUCGGCGGCAUGGACGUGCUGGACGCGGAGUUCGCCAAGACCUGGGAGUUCAAGAGCAACAACGUGGCCGUGUACUCCAUCCAAGGGCGGCGAGACCACAUGGAGGACCGGUUCGAGGUGCUCGCCGACGUCGCCAACAGGAGUCACCCUUCUAUAUUUGGCAUUUUCGACGGCCACGGGGGAGAGGCUGCUGCUGACUUUGCCAAGGCCCACCUGCCCGAGGCUCUCCGCCAGCAGCUGCUGACCUAUGAGCGGGAGAAAGAGCGAGACAGAGAGAAAGACAAGGAGAAGGAUGAGAAAAAGGAGAGGGUUGGCCUCUCCUAUCCCUCCAUCCUGGAGCAGCAGAUCCUCACGCUGGACAGAGAAAUGCUGGAGAAGCUGUCUGCCACCUACAAUGAAGCAGGUACCACAUGUCUGGUGGCCCUGCUGUCCGAUAAGGAGUUGACGGUGGCCAACGUUGGAGAUUCACGCGGAGUCCUUUGCGACAAAGACGGCAAUGCCAUUCCUCUAUCGCACGACCACAAGCCUUACCAGCUCAAAGAGCGCAAGAGGAUCAAGAAGGCCGGUGGUUUCAUUAGUUUCAACGGCUCUUGGCGUGUCCAGGGCAUCUUGGCCAUGUCCCGUUCUCUUGGCGAUUACCCUCUGAAGAACCUGAACGUGAUCAUCCCUGAUCCCGACAUCAUGUCUUUUGACCUGGACAAGGUGCAGCCGGAGUUUAUGAUCCUGGCGUCCGAUGGCCUGUGGGACACCUUCAGCAACGAGGAGGCGGUUCGCUUCAUCAGGGAACGAUUGGACGAGCCUCACUUCGGCGCCAAGAGCAUCGUCCUCCAGUCCUUCUAUCGUGGUUGUCCUGACAACAUCACCGUCAUGGUGGUUAAGUUUAAAGCCAAGGCCAGCGAGCAGUAGAACGUCCAUCCACCACAUAGAGUAUCUAUAUUAUGUCUGAAUAGGCUUAAGAUGAAAGAUUCAAAAAUCAAAUCCACACUUUAAAGGAGCAAGAACAAUUGCAAUCACAGAUAUUUGCGGAGGAUUUGCCCCCUCGAUGCAUCAACAUUUACUUUACCCACUGUAAAAGUGACACCUGUAAGAAAAUGUCUUUCCUUUAGGCUUAGCCAUAUCUUUGAGACACAUAAUGUGAGAUGAGUCACUGUUAUGCAGAGAUUUAGCUGGUUGCAGUGUGUGUUUCUGUGUGUUUCAGAGUGUUUCUGUCAGAGUCAAUGGUUAUAGUUACGGUUAUGGUAAGUCUCCAGAAAAUGAAUGUCUGUGUGUGUGUGUGUGUGUGUGUGUGUGUGUGUGUGUGUGUGUGUGUGUGUGUGUGUGUGUGUGUGUGUGUGUGUGUGUGUGUGUGUGUGUGUGUGUGUGUGUGUGUGUGUGUGUGUGUAAACAAUAAUGACAGAGAAGAAUCUACAUGAUCGCAUGAUGGAGUUCCAAUUCCAUAUUAUUUCAAACAUGAUGCCUUUAGCUCAAUUUCUUUAUGACCACUAAUUUUAUAUUUUGUGUGUUUCCAUAUCGUCUAAUUGUAUUGACAUCUACCAAGUGAGUGCACUGAAAAUUCUGUUGUUUUGACUUUUCUCCUCGGUCAAACACCUCUCAAUGGUGCGAAUCAUUCAUAUUAAUUACUUCCCUUUACUCGUGAACAACACAAAUGAUGACAUGUCUAUGCUUGUUCAAAUAUCACCAUUAAUAUUGUACAGCAAUAGAACCGACUACAUUGUUGUAUGACACUUGCUGAACAUGGGAAUGAAUGUGUGUUGGUCUUUGAGUUGCCCAAUUUUGUAAGUUUGGUUUUUGAAUGUUGUGGUCCAAUUAAAAAGAUCGCUUGUUAGUUUGUGUCUGAUUUGAUUGUUGAAAACUUUUAAACCACAACUUAUCAGGAUCCAUGUAACUUCUGAUAAUGUAGUAACUGUUGGAUAAUAUUGUAGCUUGUCAAAGUGUAAUGAAGUGUCUCUUUAAAUGGUUAAAUGGUUUAAUAGUAGUAACAUCACAUCAUGACACUAACUGCUUAUUAUUUAUUUAUUAAUACAUACAGGUUUUUAUGAUGAUCUAAUAAUUGACUUAUUCUACAAAUGUGUACGGUAAGGUAAUAAGUUGACAAUAAUGGUAGUAAUAUUUGACAGUAAUAAUUUCAAUUGGAGGUCAUCCAAGAAUUGACACUACCAUGUUCGAUUUACAACCCGUUUGAAAUUACAUGUUGACAUGCUAUUCUGUUAUGUGACUUUUGCUACAUUAUGAUUUUCUACAGUCCACAUGAGAUAUAAAUAUACUAAAGCUGACAACUUACUGUUGAAGUGUCUCGUAUUAAUGUGACAUUCGUCAAGAGAAAAAUCCCCAUCGUUACCGGUCGAUCUCCAUCUCCCUGAACUGUGACUCAAAAUGUAACAGGCCUUUGAAAUGAAAUGCGUUAUUGUUGCCUUAUUUUUUAACCGUUCAUUUCCUGUAAUGAAAAGUCUGCUGGCAAAACAACUAACUCGGUUUUUAAUAUAAUGCAGUUGAUCAUACCUUGCACACUGCAUGAGCUCAGUGUCAUUGUACAUGUAGAAUAGAAGACGAAAAUUGUUAAAGGAAUGUCUCCGAGAGACAUAACAUUGUAAGAUGAAUGUACAUACUGUCUUCAUGUUAGUAUCACCCCUCCACUGUUUAUACAACAGUGUGCCUGCUCCUGGAUUGUUUAACUUCAGAGAUAUAUACCAGAUAAAAGGAUUUCUGUGCUUUUUCAGUUCACAUUCUCCCCUGAUGAUGUACGUUACAGAAUGUUCAUGUGGCAUUUGUAUUGUUUUUGUUGACUUUAAUAAACUGUAAAGAAAAUAGAGGAAAUUUUAAAAUGUAAAUCCAAAAGGUAACAUUAAAAUGAUAAACAAUCA